AUUUGAAGAGGAGAAACGACACCAGCAGAGAAACCUUCUGGAAACGCUCGAAGAAGAAUACGAAAUCAAACGGUGUUUGGAGGAGAAUAGAGGGGGUGUUUGUGAGGUGGAGUGUAUGUGAUUUGAGUGCGGUAGCUAAUUCGUGACUAGGGUUUUGAAAAGGAGACCAAGGGUUUUUCCCUCUGUCUGAACGUCUAGCGGAGGAGAGGAGAGGAGGCUUUUGCUUGGCUUUGGUGGAGACGAGGAGUAACGACAGAGAGCCUCUCUGUUCUUCUAUCCGUGUACAACAGGACAGAAGACAGAGGAGCUCGAAAAGCAGAGAGAAUAGUGUUCUUGGAGAGAAAUUCAGUAGAGGUCCCUUUUAACAGAGAAGCACUACUGAAGGAAUUGAUUGCAGUGAACUAUUGCGCAUAGAGUUACGUUGGCUGUUUUAGAAAAUGGUGUGGUGCAGUAGCUGUGCGAGAAAUGUGCCCGGUUAUCGUCCAUUUGAUGGUGAAUUGUCAUGUGAUAUUUGUGGGAGGGUGUUGGAAGAUUUCAAUUUCUCAACUGAAGCCACUUUCGUUAAGAAUGCAGCAGGGCAGAGUCAAUUAUCGGGGAAUAUUGUGAGGACUAGGCAAAAUGACAUCUCAGCUUCACGGGAAAGGACACUGAGAAGAUCUCGAGAAGAAAUGACAAAUAUGAAAAAUGGCAUGGGAAUUGGUGAUGAACGAGACGACGUGGUUGACAUGGCUAAUCGAAUUUAUGGACUCGCGGUUGAACGGAAUUUCACCAGGGGGCGUAAAGCAGAGCAAGUACAGGCUUCUUGUCUUUACUUUGCAUGCCGGGAGAAGAAUAUGCCAUUUCUCCUUAUUGAUUUUUCAAAUUACUUGAGUAUAAAUGUUUAUGAGCUAGGGGCUGUAUACUUGCAGCUGUGUGAGCUGUUGUAUGUGGCAGAAAACAAGAACUUUGAUAAAUUAGUUGAUCCUUCCAUUUUCAUACCUAAAUUCACAAAUAGUUUAUUAGCGGGAGGGAAUAAGACAGUUGUUAGAACUGCACGAGAUAUUAUAGCUAGCAUGAAGCGGGAUUGGAUGCAGACAGGAAGGAAACCUAGUGGAAUAUGCGGUGCAGCACUGUACAUAGCUGCACUUUCUCAUGGUCUCAAGUGUUCAAAGUUAGACAUUGUAAAGAUUGUGCAUAUUUGUGAAGCAACAUUGACAAAACGGUUGGUCGAAUUUGAGAAUACAGAGUCUGGGAGCUUGACGGUUGAGGAAUUCAUGGAGAAGGCGAAGGAAUAUAAGAAGGGUUCUUCAACAAAACAACAAAGUACAAAUGGGGUGCUCUGUAAGCAUCAGGAUCACAAACCUUUUGCUUAUGGAUUGUGUCAGAGUUGUUAUGAUGAUUUUAUGACAGUUUCAGGAGGACUUGAAGGGGGGGCAGAUCCUCCAGCUUUCCAGCGUGCAGAAAGAGAGAGACUUGCUAAUGAAUCUGCAGAAGCGAAUGCUAAUGGAGGUUUAGCUGACACACUAUUGCAGGAGCUAAGCAACAACAAAAAAUCAAAUUUGGAUGAAGAAAGUAGCAGCCCGAUCAUCGGAGAAGACAAAAAUUUACCAUCUCUGGACCCCAGCGCUGCAAAGCAAACGAUGGCCAAUGAGCAUGUUGAUGAUAAACCUACUGGAGUUGAUGGCAACCCUGAAACUUUGGAUGAAUCAGACAGCUUUUCUGACAUUGAUGAUGUUGAGGUCGAUGGCUAUCUUCACAAUGAGGAGGAAAAACAUUACAAGAAGAUAAUUUGGGAACAAAUGAACCGCGAGUAUCUUGAGGAACAGGCAGCCAAGGAAGCGGCCGUAGCAGCUGCUAAAGAAGCUUUGAAGGCUAAUUAUGAAAACUGUCCAGGAGACUAUGAAGCUGCAAGGAAGCUUGCUGAAGCUACAGCAGCAGCUUUGGCAAAAUCUAGAAAGGAAAGGCAACAAAAACGAGCUGCAGAAGCGAAAAAUACUGCCCGUGCUCAAACUGCUGCAGAAGCCACCCGCCAGAUGCUGUCUAAGAAGGUAUUACGCCAUACAAAUACAAAAACUUUCUCUUUGAUUGAUCUGGAUUGCAGACAAUAGAAUUUUGUCAAAUUA